GAAGAGGAACUGAAAUUAAUGGGCGGGACAAACACUGGAGAUGACAGCAAAAUAUGCUCUCUCCGCUGGACAUAACAUUACAAUAAUUUCACCAGAUACCACUAAAACAGUUUGGCAUAAACAUGAGUUCAUUUGCAGGUCGAAUGAAGGAGUAUCCCACCAUGUCUUUGGAUCGGUUCGACCGGGAGAACCUACAUUCCCGGGCAUAUUUCCUCUCCCACUGCCACAAAGAUCAUAUGAAAGGACUAAAAGCACCGAUACUCAGGAGAAAACUGCAGUUCAGUCGUACAGUUAGGCUUUACUGCUCCUUCGUGACCAAAGAACUUCUUCUGAACAAUCCCAAGUACGCUUUCUGGGAGGAAUACAUUGUUGCAUUAGAGCUGGAGAGUCCCACUCAGAUUUCUCUGGUUGAUGAGGCAUCUGGAGAGAAAGAAGAGAUUCUGGUCACAUUGCUCGCUGCAGGACAUUGUCCCGGCUCUGUUAUGUUCCUGUUUGAGGGUUCUCAGGGGAACGUGUUGUAUACAGGAGACUUCAGGUUUGCAGCUGGAGAUGUGUCAAGAAUCGAACAUCUGCACUCUGGCACCAGAGUGAAGGAUAUUCAGAGCAUUUAUCUGGACUCAACGUUCUAUGACCCACGAUUUUUCCAGAUUCCCACUCGGGAGGUGUGUCUGGACGGUAUCUCAGAGCUUGUUAGAAACUGGAUCAGUCAGAGUGCUUAUCAUGUUGUGUGGCUCAACUGUAAAGCUGCAUAUGGAUAUGAAUACCUGUUCACCAACCUGGGAGAGGAGUUCAACACACAGAUCCAUGUCAACAGUCUAGAGAUGUUCAAGAAGAUGCCGGAGCUCCUGAGCUACGUGACCACUGACCGCCGGACGCAGAUCCAUGCCUGUCGACACCCUAAGGCUGAGGAGUUUUUCCAGGGCAGCCGGCUGCCGUGUGGCUGCACAGCGUCUGACGGGACCCCUCUUCAAAUCAUCAGCAUCAAACCAUCCACCAUGUGGUUCGGAGAGAGGACGAGGAAAACAAACGUUGUCAUAAAAACAGGAACAAGUUCCUUCAGAGCGUGCUUCAGUUUCCAUUCCUCCUACUUAGAGCUGAAAGACUUCCUCUCCUACCUCCAGCCCGUCAACAUCUACCCCAGUGUCAUCCCUCUUGGUCGCACACUCACUGAAGUUACACAGAUGCUGAUGCUGAUGUGCAGGAACCAGUCGGAUCAAGCAGCGACAGUAUACAAACCUCUGGGAGCCCUCAAACGCUGCAUGGUGAAGCGACCUACAUAUGAUUCAGACAGCGAUGAGAAGCUGUUUGACGGGCUGGAUCUGGCACCAGUGAGGAAGAAGAUGGCGCUGAACCAAGAAAUAAAAAAUGUGAAAGCUCUUCAGGAAGCGGCGCCCCCUGUGUCUGCAGAGGAGUCUUUUCCUCUGACAGUCACAGACACGCAGUCUGUUUCACGCAACUACGCAGACUGCACUGAGUCCAAUGGUGAAGAGGAGGAUGAAGAGGAGGAAGAGGAGGAUAACAAAGAAAAGGAGGACAACAAUCUAUGUCAGGGUGAGGUGGAAAAGACGAUAGAGGAAGCUGAGAAAAUUGAGGUUGCAGGCUCCUCACACCCGCCGAAAUGGGAGGACUUCUUCACCACGGAGACGCUUCCUGACAGCCAGAACAGCCUCAGCAGCCAAUUACAAUCCUGCUGCUCUGUCCCCAGCCCCUCCCCUUCCAAAAUGGCGGGCUCACAGACCCCAGAACUGUUCAGUGAGGAGGAGGAAACCCCAGAUGACUAUGAAAACUUCAGUCUGACGCUCUCCGCCUCGCUGUCGAACCACUCCUCCCAGAACCAGGACUCGUAUUUCCCCGACACGCUGAUCCUCCGCCCUGAGCAACAUGAAGACUGCAGGAUAAAUACUCAGGAGAAGGAGAGCAAGGCGGAGCUCUCAGAGUCUCAGGCGUCGUCAGACUUCGAUAUCCCCUGCACGCCUGAGUCCAAAGCGCCUCAUCCUGAUGAACUGUCGCAGCUGUACAGGAAGCUGGCGUCAGGAGAGGAGGUGGUCAUCAGAAAGGGUAGUCAGGGCUCCAUGUGAAGGUUUUGCUGAGCCACAUUCGCUCUACUCGUCCACCUACAUGCUGCAGGAUUACUGUUUCAUAAACACUUAAUGCCUUUCUAUAAGACCACACAUGCCUUACAGUGGAACCUCUAAACCUCACACACCUCAGUUUGCAAAGCAAUGCACGAACCAUUUAUUCACCGAGGCACUUUAAGUUCACUUCCGCCCUACAUUCAUUAUUGCACCUGUGACUUGUUCCUUUUUGUUGACAUUUUUGUUCAUUAUUUAAAACAUUCCUUCUUUAUUAUGAAGUAGAUAACCUUGUGUAUCAAAGCAGAACCUUUUUAGUUUCUUAAACCAAAUAAAGUUUUACAUUUCAACAGAAAAGCUUUCUUUCAACCAUUAAAAUUAUACUGAUAAUAACAUUUGAAUAUUCAUCCUCGAGAGAAAUAGCACAUAUUUUGGGAUGUAUUCUGGGAAAUUCUACUUAUAUUUAAAAACUAAACCUGUAACCCUUCUGUCCUGCAAUUUCUCAUUACUUAUUGGCCGACAUGCUGAAAACAAUACAAUGUAUCUCAAAUAUGAAUUAUUCAAAUACAUCCUUAGUCACUGUUGUUUUUGUUCAUGUAUUUCUCUUUGGGCUGGUUAACAUAAUUGCUCAAUAAACCAUUGUUCCUCACUUUA